CUAUGAGACUAAUUUCUCACACAUGAAAUAAUCGACGCGGUUCACCAGUCGGCAUCAGCAGAUCAUUCCAUCUCCCUGCACGUGGUUCCAGUUCGUAAUCUACUCUUCUGAGCUCCUGCAAGUUCUCUCUCCAGUUCCACCGCAACCGUCUGCUCGGUUCUCCCUGCAAUCAGGUAAACGCUGGGGUUUUCCCGCUCCGAUCCGCUGCCCUGCGAGUAUCCGACUCCGAGGUUGCUGCAAUUCUGUAGGAGAAAAAUUGAGGGAUGGAUUCUUCUACGAUGCUAUUUAACGAGCUCAAGGCGGCGGAGCCAUUUUUCUUGUUGGCGGGUCCCAAUGUGGUUGAAUCUGAGGAUCACAUUCUGCGAAUGGCCAAGCACAUUAAGUCUAUUACUUCAAAAGUUGGCUUGCCACUGGUUUUCAAGUCAAGCUUUGACAAAGCUAAUCGGACCUCUUCAAAAUCUUUUCGGGGUCCUGGCAUGAUUGAAGGAUUAAAGAUCCUUGAAAAGGUGAAAAUAGCAUAUGAUAUUCCCAUUGUUACUGAUGUGCAUGAAACUAGCCAGUGUGAACCAGUUGGAAGAGUAGCAGAUAUAAUUCAGAUUCCAGCUUUUUUAUGUCGUCAGACAGAUCUUCUAGUUGCAGCUGCCAAGACUGGAAAAAUUGUCAAUAUUAAGAAAGGCCAGUUUUGUGCUCCUUCUGUCAUGGGAAAUUCUGCUGAAAAGGUUAGGUUGGCUGGAAAUCAAAAUGUUAUGGUAUGCGAAAGGGGAACAAUGUUUGGCUAUAAUGAUUUGGUUGUUGAUCCACGCAAUCUGGAGUGGAUGAGGGAAGCUAAUUGUCCUAUUGUGGCUGAUGUUACACAUUCAUUACAACAGCCUGCUGGGAAAAAUCUGGAAGGUGGAGGAGUUGCCAGUGGAGGUCUUCGUGAAUUAAUACCAUGCGUUGCAAGGACAGCAGUUGCUGUUGGAGUGGACGGAAUUUUCAUGGAGGUGCAUGAUGAUCCUUUGAAUGCCCCAGUUGAUGGUCCCACACAAUGGCCACUGCGCCACCUAGAGGAACUUCUGGAAGAACUUGUGGCUAUAGCUGUAAGUCUUUUGUUCUAUCUUUUGUAUAAUACAUGGCUGACAUGCAUUCUGUCUUGUCUGAAAUUUUAUUGUCUUGACAAGUGAUUAUUGAACUGGUGUUAUAUCAUUAUAACUGUUGUUAUCACUGACGCUGCUGCUGCUGUUGUAAAUGGCUGCUGAUGUAAUCUGUUUCAUUUUCCACCAUUGUUCUAACUUCUAGCACAUUUUUUUGAGUUGAAGUAAUUUUAUUGCUUGCAAUUUGUGGGAUGUUUACUGAACAAAUAAUUAACUUUCCCUUUUCCUCCCCACUUUAGUAUGCAUUUGAUACCUAUGAUUAAACUCAAUACUGGUGGGGUUGUUACCAGAUUCAGUUGCAAGUGAUUGAUCCUAUAUGGUGGUGAUUUCAAAUCACCCCUUGUGAUAAGAUCAUUGGCAAACUUGGGGAUAGUCAUCCUAUCCUUGAGGACCUGAUCCAAGAUCAUCCCAGAGCAGUGACCUUGGUGAAAAUUCUACAACUAGCUUCUCCCUUCUCAGGCACCUCACAAACAAAAACUGGGGUAUUCCAUCAGGAGUCAUAUCAGUUAUACCUUCUAUUUACACUGUUAUAGACUUCUGUGCACAUUUGAUAGUAUUUAUGUACAUAUAUAAAUGUAUAUUUAAAUAUGUGUGUGUAAAUUUAUCCCCUGCUGCAGAAAGCUCCCAUACCACAUUGUGAUCUGGAGGAGGCAUGAUGUAUGUUGCCUUACCUCUGCAUUUUGGACUGGUUUCCAUGAUUUUAAUAAAUACAAUUAAACUAUAGUUACAUUAUAAUUAAUGAAAUAAUACAGAAAAUUGGACAUAAUUAUAACACGAUAGGUUGACAGUUCUAGGUUAGUUUUGGUACUAAUUAUGUAGUGUCUGCUCUUUGAUAAUUGGAACAUGACACACAAAACAUGAUAAUCUAGGAUUACUAGGGAGAGAUCACGUCUGCCCAAGAUGGGUAUCACCAGUACAUCACUCGGUGAUCUUGUUUGGAUUAUUUAAUUCUUCCAUGCUGUACGUUGUAUCACAAAGGGGGAAGUGCAAAACACGCCUGGACCGAACUGGUUUGUUUUGUCAUUUAUUCAAUCUAUAUGCAGGCUUUCCAAUUGUUACUGAAUCUGAUUGAAAUUUUCUUGAAGUCUUUGUUUGCCCAUUGAUGCUAGACAUGUCAUUUGAAGAUAAUGUGCUUGGUAACUUGACAUUCUGCUCUUUUGGUUGUGAUGAGCAAAUUCAACUCCCUUUUCCUUAGCUCUGGCAGCCUGAAGUUUGCUUAUAGCAAGCUGAUUGGAUGGCCUCAGCCCCCUGUUUGGAAAUAUAGAUCUUCUGCAUGCAACAUAAGUGGAUUCAUUCAAAUGCUAUGGAAAAAGUAAAUGAAACAUGAGUUUGUUUUAUAUGCAAAAUAAAAUCAGUUGAUUCAAUCUUCAUGAGAAAUUCAGAUGCACCAAUUUCAUUGUUUGGCUGAAAAUAUCCGUGGUUGGAAUCUGUGAUGCAGUGGCCAUGAGCCAAGAUAGAUGUCAUGGUGUCAUCAAUCUUAAUUUAUGUAAUUAUUAGGCUGUCAUCUGUAUUUCACUUGACCUUUUUUUUUUUUGCUUGUUGACAUUUCGAAGACGGUAAGCAAGGGAAAGCAACGCUUCAGAAUUGAUCUCACACCAUUCCGUGAUUAGGUCAAUUUUUCGGGGCUUCUCAUGCAUAAGGAAACAACCGUAAGAGCUUCUAUGGUGCGUUAUAAAAUAUCUUUUUUUAGAAAAAUAUAUAUUAUGCUAUAUAAACAGUGCAAAACAGGGAUGUGUGAUAUAUGCUUGAAAUCAUGCUACUGCUAUUCAUUGCUUCAAUGGUGUAUUCCUCUUCUUCUCUUUUCCUGAUAAGAUGCUUCACUGGUGUCAUUAAAAUAACCUCACUUGCUUCUUUAUUUUAAGGACGAUAACACUUUGUAAAGCAUAGGCAGGCAGUAACGGAAUAGCUGUGAAUUUUUUUCGGUGCUUCCAAUUAUAAAAUACUUAUGCUUCCAAUAUUUGUUCCUUUUGAUGUUAAUCACUUAACAGUUUAAUAAAUGAUAAAAAAAAAUAAAAUUUUUCAAUGUUAAUGUUAUAUAGAUGCCAACAGUGUGGUUUGUAACUUGUGCAAUAUAUAUGAUUAUUACCAUCUCUUCAAUGGAACUAUUUUGAAAAUUGAUACUGCAAACGAGCUUUAGCAUGGUUUGGGGCAAUUAGGUGUGACUUGAGGUGUUUUCUUACUGCUAUGUAAUCCACAGGUCUUAAAAUCCCAACUUUAACUCAAAACACUGCUCUGCUCUGUAACUUGCUUAAAAAAGAGGUAGUUGAUAAUUUUAAACCACUGCUCAGCCUCAUUCAUCAUGCAGACGAUGACAUUAAUCAUAUGCAGGCUUAUCUAGAUGCUUUUGCUCCUGCACCUAAUCUAAACCUGGCUUAUAAAUAAUUACAUCACUUUGUUUAAAUGGUCUCACUUGGACCUCUUCUAAGAACUUGCUAAUUAGCAUUUUCUUUCAAAUUGUAGGACAAACACACACACGUGCUGCUUCUAUGUGCCGUGCGAUGGUCUUUGGGCUACUUUUUUUAUAUUUUAACAGCCAUUUUAUUUGUUUGUUCGACACCCGUUUAUGAGCCAGAAGCUCAGUGUAGUACCUUAAUUCUCAUGUAUUGAAACUCUGUCUAUUUAUUUAUUCCCAUUUCAAUGUGUUAUAUUAAAUUUAGGCAAA